GGGCCGUAGAAACAACGAGCGGGAGCACACGAUACUCGUCAAAUUCGAAUCUCGAGUUUGCAGUUGGGAAUUUGCGGAAUGCUGGCAACAACGUGGUGGCGCGCCGCAAGCCAAGGCGAUGUCAAGCGUCUGGGUCGUGUGUUGGCCCUCGAGCGUGACGAAGGCUGGGUGCAUCGGACGCACUUUGGCUACACGGCGCUGCAUCUCUGCGUCUGGGGCGGCCACGUCGCAGCAACGGCGUUUCUCUUGAGCGCUGGCGCCGACCCGAAGGAGCAUGUGCACAAGCCCUCGGACGAUCACGUGCAUGGCAUCUCGUCGCUGCACUUGGCGACGCGCGAUGGCCACGUCGACGUGGUGCGUCUCCUGUUGGCGUCUGGUGCUGCGACCGACGAGCGCUUCCUUGGUCGCACUCCGCUGCAAGUCGCAUCCGAGCACGGGUACUUUGAGAUCAUCGAGCUGCUCGUGCGCCAUGGUGCUGCCAUCAACGUUCAGGAUACGAACGGCCGCAGCAGCCUGCACAGCGUGGCGGCGUGGGGCUAUGCGCGCGUCGCCCGGCUCUUAUUAGACCAUGGCGCUAGCGUGCACCUCUUUGAUGCGAAGGGCACCAGCGCGCUGUUUGCGGCCACAGAGAGCGGCGAUGUUGCCACGACGAAGCUCCUUCUCGACACGGGUGCACGCUUGCACAAUGUCAAGUCGCCGAUGACAUUGCAUGGCGUUUUUGCCGACGCACUGGAACGCUGGAUCCUUCAAUGCAAGGACCAUGGCGCACUCCUCGACCUCGUCGGACGACUCAACGAUGGUGGUCCACUGGCGGCGCUCUCGGUGCUGGUGCUCAACGGCUUUGUGCUCGAAGCCUUGCGCUUCGUACUUGCUGUCGGGUUGCACCCUACGCACCAGACCACAUUUUUGCGCGCGCUAGCUGCGUGGGCCAUGGACCACAACCAGCUAACACUCGUCCAGUUCUGCCACGACUGCGGCGUCGAGUUGUUGAUUUGACAAAAAAGAAACGUAUUUACAUCCA